AUGCAGUCUGACGACGUGUUCCCCAUUUCUCGGCACAAUUUUCAACAGCUGGAAGAAGGGGACAGAGGGGAGAUUGAACUCUUGCCAGCCGAGUCCGAAAGCCUUCACAGGUUAGGAUUCUGGCAAAGAUGUGGUGUCCGGUUGCUAUGCCUGGUGUUGGUGUGCUACUUCCUACCGAUGCUGUCCUUCAUACCUUUGGCCAUCUUUGGUGGGGUCCAUAUGCCCAGCCCCUGGGCUGGUGACUAUAAUCAUGACGCACCCACUGCGUCAGUACCUUCCAAGGAAAUGCCAACUGGACGAUGGUACUGGAAUCUUCCACUGGUGUCGAUGAUUUUGAUCCUCUUUCCCUUGGCUGUUGUCUUCGUCUUGUAUCACUUGAAGAUGAGAGCAGUACGGCGGCAGCAGAUGAUUGACUCCCUUCUGGCGGAAUGUGUUUGA